ACCUGAAUCAAAGACAGGAAAAAUUUUAAUGCUAAAGGAAAAACCAGUCCCUACUGUCCCUCGGGGAGUAGAGGAUGCAGUAAUUCCCUCAGUAUGGGAAACAGACAUACCAGGAAAAUCUAAGUUGGCACAAGCAGUACAUGUGGAAUUAAAAGAAGGGGCAAAAGUUGUACAGGUCAAACAGUAUCCCAUAAAGCGAGAAGCACAGCAAGGAAUAGUAAAGAUUAUUGAUAAUUUUUUGAAGUACCAAAUUCUGGAAGAAUGUGAAUCAGAAUUCAAUACACCAAUAUUUCUAGUGAAGAAACCAAAUGGUGGGGACAGACUAGUACAGGAUUUGAGAGCAAUAAAUGGAAUAACUAAAGAUAUUUACCCAGUGGAAGCUAAUCCUUACAUGUUGUUGACAUCUGUGAAAGAGAAAUAGAAAUGGUUUACUGUAAUUGAUUUAAAAGAUGCCUUUUUCUACAUACCCCUUGAGAAAGGAAGUAGGAAACUGUUUGCCUUUGAAUGGGAAAAUCCAGAAAAUGGAAGGAAAACCGAGCUCACCUGAACACGACUCCCACAAGGAUACAAGAACAGUCCAACCCUAUUUGGAAACCAGCUGGCUAAGAAGCUGGAGAUUUGGACCAAGAAUGGGCAAGUACUGAGAGAACAAUACCUGCUGCUACAGUAUGUCAAUACACUGACAGCUACAGAAGAGAAAACAACCUGCAUAAAGAACCCCAGAACCUGCAUGAGCUGCGAGUUUUCCUUGGGAUGACAGGGUGGUGCCACCUGUGGAUCAUGGACCAUGGACUAAUUGAAAAAGCCCUGUAUGAAGCCCAGAAGACACAACCAUUUACCUGGGGCAAACCACAGAAGGAGACCUUCCUCAAACUGAAGGAGGCAUUGACAACAGCUCUGGCAUUAGGAUUGCCUGAUUUAGCCAAAGAUAUUCACCUGUUUGUGCAUGAAAGAUCACACCUAGCACUGGGAGUGCUGACCCAACCUUUGGGAGGCUGGAAAAGGCCGGUAGGCUACUUCUCCAAACAACUUGACAAUGAGAGUGCCGGAUGGCCUUCGUGCCUGUGGGCAGUCGCAGCCACUGUGAUGCUGAUACAAGAGGUUAGGAAACUCACGAUGGGUAGAGACAUAGAUGUCUACGUGCCACACAUGGUGACCACUGUUUCAGAACAAAAGGGGGGUCAUUUGCUAUAUCCAAGCAGGAUGAUGAAAUUCCAGGUAAUCCUGAGUGAGCAGGAUGAUGUCACACGAAAGACAACUAACCUUUUGAAUCCAGCUUUGUUCCCAUGUACCACAACAGAAGACGGCCCAUUGGAACAUGACUGUGUGGAAGUGAUAGAACACACCUGUUCAGCUAGAGCAGAUUUGAAAGAUGUCCCACUGGAACAGGCAGACUGGGAGCUGUUUACAGAUGGAAGCAGUUUUGUGGAGAACGGGACCAGAUAUGCUGGAUAUGCGGUAACAACAACAGGUGCAGUGGUGGAGGCAAAGGCCUUGUCAGCAAACACAUCUGCCCAACGAGCAGAACUGGUUGCCUUGACCAGGGCAUUAGAGCUGAGUGAAGGGAAGAAAGUAAAUAUAUGGAGAGAUUCAAAAUACGCUUUUGGAGUGGCGCACGUACACAGGGCACUGUGGAAAGAAAGAGGACUGCUGUCUUCUAAAGACACACACAUUAAACAUCAAGAUGCAGUCCUGCAAUUAAUAAAAGCAGUAUAAAAACCUGAGCAAGUAGCAGUCAUGCACUGCAAAGCUCACCAAUCAGGAAGCUCCAAAAUUCAUGAGGGAAAUCGGAAAGCAGACUGGACAGCCCGACAAGUUGCUCGAGAAGUGCAAACUGCAAUGGCAUUGAUACCUUUAAAAACUCCUGUAUCUCAAUUCAAUUUACCUCCAGAACCAAAAUAUUCAAUAGAAGAUGAGAAAUUGGGACGCUCACUGAAUGCACAGAAGAAUUCAGAAGAGUGGUAUGUGACUACACAGGGAUAAGUAGUGGUACCUCCCUUGAUAAUGAGAGUUCUACAAAUUAAACAUAACGAACGUCAUGGGGUGCAGAGGCAUUGGUGAAAUUGUUAAAACCAAAUUUAAUUUCAGUACGGAUGUUAACAAUGGCAAAAUCAGUAAUGUCAAAAUGUGAAAUUUGGUUAAAAAACAAUCCAGUGGCUAGACAACAGGCACAAAUAGGAAGAAUUUGGGUAGGAGCAGAACCAGGAGAUUAUUGGCAAGUAGAUUUUGUAGAAUUA